AUGGCAUCUUCUUCCACUGGUCGUAAACGGAAGUAUGAUGUGUUUCUUAGCUUCAGAGAGGGGAAGAAAUUAACCGAAGAAAUAACUCCAGCCCUUUUGAGAACGAUUGAAGAAUCGAUGAUUUCUGUAAUCAUUUUCUCCAAAAACUAUGCAUCUUCUCCAUGGUGCUUGGAUGAAAUGUCCAAAAUUAUUGAAUGCAAGGAUACUUAUGGACAGAUAGUUUUGCCAGUUUUCUAUCAUAUAGAUCCAUCUCUUUUACAAGAACAAAGCGGGAGUUUUGCGGAUGCAUUUACUCAUGUUGAUGAGAACUUUAAGGAGAAAAUGGAAAAAGUGCCAAGGUGGAGGGUCGACUUGAUGAAAGCGGCUAGUAUAUCUGGAUGGGAUUCUCAGGUGAUUAGACCUGAGGCCAAGCUUGUGAAUGAUAUUAUGAAACAUAUUUUGAGGAAGUUGAAUCAUGCAUCCUUUAGAGAUUCAAAAGGCCUGGUUGGGAUAGACUCUCACAUUGAACAAAUUAGAAAGUUGUUGUGCUUUGGGUCACCAGAUGUUCCGAUUGUUGGAAUUUGGGGUAUGGGUGGGAUAGGUAAGACGACUAUUGCUGAAGCAAUUUUCUAUAGCGCUUCAAGUGAAUAUGAAGGUUGCUGCUUUCUCAAAAAUAUUAAGGAAGAGUCAAAAAGAUGUGGGCUAGAUUUUUUAAAACAAAAACUAUUAUUUGAAACAUUAGAGGAAGAAAAUCUACAUACUCUAAGUCCCAACAUGGGGUCCAUUUCCAAUGAGGACAGGCUCCAAUGCACAAAGGUUUUUCUUCUUCUUGAUGAUGUGGAUGAUGUAGAUCAAUUAGACGCCCUAAUUAGAAGAUCGAAUCUUGGUUUGGGAAGUAGAGUUAUUGUGACAUCUAGAGAUAGGCAGAUCUAGAGAUAGGCAGCUCUUAAGAAUAUAGUUGAUGACGUAUAUGAAGUUGAGGGAUUAAAUGAUGAUGAAGCUCUUCAAUUGUUCAGUUUGUAUGCUUUUAAGAAAAACUAUCCCCCGAAAGAUAGGUUAGACUUAUCAAAUAAGGUAGUGAAUUAUGCUCAGGGAAACCCAUUGGCGCUUAAAGUUUUGGGUUCUUUGGGUUCAUAUCUAUUUGACAGAAGGAAACGAGAUUGGGAAAGUGCACUGAAUAAACUUGGAAGAGGUCCACAUUCUCAAAUCUGUAAUGUAUUAAGAAUAAGCUUUGAUACGCUAGAUGAUGAAGAGAAAAGUGUAUUUUUUCUUGAUAUUGCUUGCUUUUUUAAGGAAAUUGAUUUCGUUAAGAGAAUCCUUGAUGGUUGUGGUUUCUCAGCUGAUAUUGGAAUCAGUGUUCUAGUUGAUAGAUGCCUCAUUACUGUCCUUGAAAACAAACUAGGGAUACAUGACUUGUUGCUUGAAAUGGCUCAUGAAAUUGUUCGGCAGGAAUCUGUUGCCAAGCUGGGCAAGCGCUGUAGACUGUGGAAUCCUAUUGAUAUCCUUCAAGUGUUGACCAAAAAUCUGGUGAGAGCCAUAUGCAUGAUGUGUAUAUAUCCUUUGGGGUGUGUACGUGUCCGUCACACACACACACACACACACACACACACUUCAUAUACGAAAAGCCUUAUGCAUCUCCCAAUUGGCACUAACAUGAGAUCUCUCAAGACAAUCAACCUUUCUGGUUGCUCCAAUUUUAGGGAAUGUCCAGAGUUUGCAGAGAACAUAAAGUAUUUAAAUUUGAAUGAGACUGCCAUAGAAGAACUUCCCAAAUCAAUUGGGAAUCUCAGUGGACGGGAACUCUCCUCAGUGGACUCACAUUACAUUGAAUCUCAAGGACUGCUUCCAGAUAUGUCAAUGGAUAUAAAAUACUUGUACUUAAGUGAAACUGCAAUAGAAGAACUUCCGUUUUCAAUUGGCCGUCUCACCAAACUCUUUUGUUUGGAUUUAAAGAACUGCAAAAGGCUUAAGAAGAUUCCUUGUAAAAUUUCUAAUUUGGCAUCUCUUGAAAAUCUUAUUCUCUCUGGAUGCUCAAACAUCACCCAGUUUCCAGAUGUUUCUCCAGAAUGUUUCAAGGACUAUAAAGAAAUUAAUGACAAGACAGCAAUAGGGAAAUUCCCAUCAUCAGUUUCAGUUGUUCCAUGUUCAGUGUUUUCCAGAAGCUUUCAGAGGUUUUAUGGGGAUCUUGAGGAUCUGAUCUCAGGUAUUGGGGACUAUUCUAUCAACAUGCUACCCUCACCUAUUGAAAAUCUAAAGGGCUUAUCGAGCUUGGAAGUGAGAAACUGCAAAAAUCUUUCCAUAUUGCCAGAGAUGAUCUCAGGUAUUGACUAUUCUAUCAACAUGCCUGACAGAGGAGUAGAUAUUCAAUAUUUACGGAAGCUAUGUCUAACCAGCUGCAGUUUGUUGAACGUGCCUUAUAGCAUUGGUUGCUUAUUCUCACUUGAAGCAUUAGAUCUAAGUGGAAACAAUUUUAGGAAUAUACCUGAAAGUAUCAAUAAGCUAAUUGAGCUGCAAUAUCUUGGUUUAAGAAAUUGCCGGAAGUUAGUAUCAUUACCAGAUCUUCCACCGCAACUGACAACAUUAGAUGCACACAAGUGCAUUUCACUGAUUAAAGUAUCAUUUGAUUCAACUGGAGUAAAAGGAAAUAUUUUUGAAUUCUUUUUCACUAACUGUGACAAGUUGGGCUCCGAUACAAGGCACAACAUAUUGGAAUAUGCCCUCACAAAAUUUAUGCGCUAUGCAAAAAGACUGAACAACCAGAUUCCUUCUAUACUAGCAGGAGAAUCUAGUUUUUGCAUUAGUGGACGUACAAUCCCAAGGUGGUUUGGCCAUCAAAGUAAAGGAUUUUCUACGACAAUGCAGCUACCUUCACAGUGGGCUAACAUCAAGUUCCUGGGUUUCACUCUGUGUGUUGUUAUUAAAUUCGACGGCUUUUAUUUUGGGUGCAACAAUGGUUUCCAGAUUAGGUGUCAAUAUCACUUCAAAAAUGAGUACAGAGAGUGCAGUGAUCUCCAUUCUUAUUUUGGUGGUUGGUACGGUAAAAGAACUCUCCGUACUUAUCAUGACAAAGAGUUUGGGAGACAAUAUCCUAUGUUCUUCGGGUAUGAUCCAUGUGUGGACGCUACAAAAGAUGAUCAUUUCAGUAAAUAUAGAGAGUUAGUAGUUGAAUUCUACCCUGAAGAUAUGGAUGGCAAUCCUUUACAGUAUUGCGAAGUGAUCAAUUGUGGAGUACGUCUACUAUAUUCUGAUGAGGAGUUAUUUUGUCGACGUCGUUCAAUUGGUCUACCAAAAGUAGAAGAAUUAGACACAAUUUCUUUGAGUCCAAAGUUUCAUCCAAGAUAUGGACUUGAUUGUCUAAAGUUUCCUCCAAUAAUAAAUUUAAAAGAUUGAGAGGAUGAAUAAUUUUAUAAUAAAGCUUUAAGUUGUUUAAGUUCGUGGAAUUCA